AUGGUCCCUUCCAUUCUCCCUGAAACCUGCAUGACAGCUCCUAACGUGUUUCUCCAGUGCAACCAACCUCAAGACUCCAAGCGUCCACCCAGCUCACCUCCAUCUAUGCAUCUCGUCUCUGGACUUGGUGACCGGACUCUUUAUAUUGACAGUAGGGUCUCAAACCCUGCAUCCAUCCCUCCUCUUGCAAGCCCUGCUGGCCAGAUGAGGAAAAAGAUUCCAUGUCUCCUGCUUUCCUCUGGGGAAAGCUGUGUUGCCGUCAUGCCUCAAACCCGCUCCCAGUCACAGGCUACAAUCACUUUUCCAAAAAAGAAACAGCCUCGGACAUUGGACAAAGCUAAAAACUCCAGUGACGCCAGACUAGAACUGACAAAUGUCCAGGCCAUACCCCGUUAUCCUUGUGCAAAAAUUCUGCCUCUUAGCCCCAGAAAACGUCUGGGUGACGACAACCUGUGUAACACUCCCCGUUUACCUCCCUGUUCUCCACCAAAGCAAAGCAAGAAAGAAAAUGGUCCCCCUCGCUCACGUACAUCUAAGGGGCGCAGAUUGGUAUUUGACAAUCAGCUGACAACUGAGUCCCCUAGCAAAAGAGAACAAGCCAGAGUACACCAAAACAAAAUACGUUCCUCAGUUCCAAAAGGUCAAGACAUCACAACAAAUUCUGAGCAGAGAUGUCCACUGGAGAAAGAAUCUGCAUGUCUGAGACUUCUCAAGCAAGAAGGCACUUGCUACCAGCAAGCAAAGCAGGUCCUGACUACAGCUGUCCCAGAUCAGCUGCCUGCCAGGGAAAAGGAGAUGGAUGUCAUCAGGAAUUUCCUGAGGGAGCACAUCUGUGGGAAGAAAGCUGGAAGUCUUUAUCUUUCUGGUGCUCCUGGAACUGGAAAAACUGCCUGCUUAAGCCGAAUUCUGCAAGACCUCAAGAAGGAACUGAAAGGCUUUAAAACUAUCGUGCUGAAUUGCAUGUCCUUGAGGAGUGCCCAGGCUGUAUUCCCAGCCAUUGCUCAGGAGAUUUGUCAGGAAGAAGUAUCCAGGCCAGCUGGGAAGGACAUAAUGAGGAAACUGGAAAACCAUAUGACUGCGGAGAAGGGCCCCAUGAUUGUGUUGGUGUUGGACGAGAUGGAUCAGCUGGACAGUAGAGGGCAGGAUGUAUUGUACACACUGUUUGAAUGGCCAUGGCUAAGCAAUUCUCGGUUGGUGCUGAUUGGUAUCGCUAAUACCCUGGAUCUCACAGACAGAAUUCUGCCGAGGCUUCAAGCUAGAGAAAAAUGUAAGCCACGGCUGUUGAACUUCCCACCUUAUACCAAAAAUCAGAUAGCCACUAUCCUGCAGGAUCGACUUAAUCAGGCAUCUAAAGAUCAGGUCCUGGACAAUGCUGCCAUUCAGUUCUGUGCCCGCAAAGUCUCUGCCGUUUCGGGAGAUGUUCGCAAAGCGCUAGAUGUUUGCAGGAGAGCUAUUGAAAUUGUAGAGUCAGAUGUCAAAAGCCAGACUAUCCUCAAACCACUGUCUGAAUGUAAAUCACCCUCUGAGUCACUGGUUCCCAAGCGGGUUGGUGUUAUUCACAUAUCACAAGUCAUUUCAGAAGUUGAUGGAAACAGAAUGACUUUGAGCCAAGGAGGAGCACAAGAUUCCUUCCCUCUUCAGCAGAAGAUCUUGGUCUGCUCUUUGCUGCUCUUGACCAAGCAGUUGAAAAUCAAAGAGGUCACUCUGGGGAAGUUAUAUGAAGCCUAUAGUAACGUCUGUCGCAAACAGCAGGUGGCAGCUGUGGACCAGUCAGAGUGUUUGUCACUUUCAGGGCUCCUGGAGGCCAGAGGCAUUUUCGGAUUAAAGAAAAACAAGGAAAUGCGCUUGGCAAAGGUAUCUCUGAAGAUUGAAGAGAAGGAAAUAGAGCAUGCUCUGAAAGACAAAGCUUUAGUUGGAAAUAUCUUAGCUACUGGAUUGCCUUAAAUUAUUUUCUUUUAUACUAAUGCUCCGCCUAAAAGUAUCUGGCUGGCAUUUAGAGAGGGAUGGAAUCUUCAUUUUAUUACUUUAUACACUUAGGUCUGAAAGCAAACAUGACCUUUUUUACUUAAAACUGAUAAAAUUUAAGCUAUAAAUUUGUGAAUAUUAGCACAGAAUUAUAUGUCUUGGGGUCUUAUUAUGUUUAUGCAUUAAAAACUACCAAGUAGACCCUUUUUAAUUACAUUCACUGCCUCUACCUCUAGUGUGCCUCUAACCAGUAUGCAAGUAUACAGACUUAGGCUGUGGAAAGUUUAUAUAUUUAUCUGUUUCCUCCAAACAUUGGUGUAUUUUCAAGAAUUUUUGGACUGGAGGAAGACGAAUGAAAAAGGGGAUGAUCCAGGAAAAUAAGCAAGUCCACGUGGAGAUCUGGAGGAUACUUUGAUCAAAGAAUGUCUUUCUUUCUGGAGUAUACUGUGUUCAUGUUGCAGAUGCUUCCACAUUGUGACAUUUUAAAAAAUUCAUUGAGUGUCUUGGGCACUCCCAAGCUUGGUAAGGAGAAUGUGACUACAGGUUGUGAAUAUAUUUAUUUUCAAGUUGCAUUCUUUGUCUUCUUAAGCAAUCACAUUUCAGGAGAGCUCAGACUUUCAGAAGGCAAUGUGAAAAUUGUGAAAAUCCUCCCCAAACUGUCCCACUGUCCUAGCUGCCCUCAGAUGAAGCCACUUGUUUCAAGAUGCCUUCGUUUGUGGUUGGAUUUUCAAUGACAUCUCAUUUUCCCAGUCUUAGAUAAAUGUAUCCAUAUGGUUACUCAAGUCUCCCCUUUUUUCUGGG